CCGCUUCCAUUUGGUUCCGUCCGCGGUCGCCUCCCGGCGCUGACCUUUGCUCCGCGGCGCGGUUACGUCACAGGCUGCGGUAGCUCAAGAUGGCGGCGCCCGUGUGCGGCAAGGGCCUCGGGCCGCGGGUGCUGUCCUGGAGCCGAGCGCUGCCGUGUGCCUGGCGCGCCCUGCACGUGUCCGCGGUCUGUGCCAAGAAUCGGGCGGCCCGGGUCCGAGUGGGCAAAGGGGACAAGCCCGUGACCUACGAGGAGGCGCACGCGCCUCACCACAUCGCCCACCGCAAGGGCUGGCUGUCGCUGCACACAGGGAACCUGGAUGGGGAGGACCACGCCGCAGAGCGAACAGUGGAGGAUGUUUUUCUUCGCAAGUUUAUGCUGGGCACCUUCCCCGGCUGCCUGGCUGACCAGCUUGUGCUGAAGCGCCGGGCUAACCAGGUGGAGAUCUGUGCUCUGGUGCUGAGGCAGCUGCCAGCGCACAAGUUCUACUUCCUCGUGGGCUACAGUGAGACCCUGCUGUCCCACUUCUACAAGUGCCCCGUGCGGGUGCACCUCCAAACGGUGCCCUCCAAGGUGGUGUACAAGUACAUCUAGGACAUGCCUCUUGUGUCAAGCUCUAGCUUGCAGAGGACAGAAACGUGUGGGAAAGGGGUGAAGUAGAAAUGGGAACACUCAUCCCUUCAGAGUCCACAGACCUCACUUUCAAAGCUGCUGCUGAAUAAAUGGACUGUCCAUGUUGUCUGG